CAAGUGCAGCCAUUGAUACAAGGCAAACAUCAGCAGUGAUACAUACACUGCAUGCAACAAUGCGCAGCACUGUUCACUUCCGUAGGGACCUGCAAGAAUGACAAGCAAAAGGUUGUAAAUUAUUUCACGAGCAAGGGACAUUGGACAACCAUUGGAAAGAGAGAGAUAACAAGGGACCUGAAUGGAACACUGAACUGUGCAAACCUGGCCACAAUAUCAGGGACCAUAUAUCUGAAUAGAUUGCAUUACAAAUUAACUCCCGACUUUGUGGUCAUCGUUCGUGUAUGCCAAAGAAGUAUUUAAAAAAAAAUCAUAUAAUUUCCGUUUCCAUGCAUCAGUGAACAGGGAUAAAACGUUGAAAAGACAUGACAAGAUGAUUUAAUAGUUCAUUUCUAAUUGACAAACUCAUGAAAACGGGAUAAUUAAGAUGAAAUUAAUUCUGUUAACUGGUGCCACAAUGAAUAUGAAGCUCCACUUGUAUCAAGCGAAGAAAAGCAUUUGCAGUAUGGAUGAAGAUAGUGCUCUUUUAGGUUCCUUUCCAGUUGAAGAUGGCUACAUUUUGCACGUGACUGAUGAUUCUGUAACUCCAGCUGAUGAUGUAGAGUGUGACGUAGAGAAUCGCUAUCAAAUGUCAGAAGCAGAAUAUGCCAAAAAGACAGAUAAUUUCCGGACUUACAAAGAGAAGAAUUUAAAAAAUCUUUCUGAAUUUAAAAGCAAAGAAAAUUUAAAGCAGCAUGAAGAUAAAGUAAAAGAGGAGGAGAAACGAGUUGAAUCAUUUAAAAUAGGAGACAGAUGUAAAGUAGUAGUUAAUAACCAGCCUCCUCGAACAGGAACAAUAAAAUAUCUUGGUCUUACUGACUUCCAGUCUGGUCACUGGGUUGGAAUACAAUAUGACGAGCCUGUUGGAAAAAAUGAUGGCAGUGUCAAAGGUAAACGAUACUUUGAAUGCCUCAUGAAGUAUGGCGGAUUUGUACGACCAAAUUUUGUCACUGUUGGUUACUUCCCUGAGCCAGAUGACAUUGAUGAAUUUUGAGAUGGCAAAUGAAAAAGAUGUGAUACAAAAGCAGACAAAUUAACAUAUAUACAUAUAUGUUUAGAAGUUCAUCUGCAUUCAUACACACUCUCCCUUGCACUCAUAUUUAUUUAUGAAUGUGUGAGGGUUGUGUAUGUAUGUAUAUAUAUGUGUGUGUGUGUGUAUGUAUACAUAUAUGUGUAUAUAUGUAUAUGUGUGUGUGUUUAUAUAUGUAUAUAUGAAUAUUUGAAUAUGUGUGUGUGUGUGUGUGUAUAUAUAUAUUUAAUAUAUAUAUAUAUAAUAUAUAUAUUACAUGGUGGAUGUUACAGAGUGCCUCGAGGUUUGAGAAUUUCCUGCAUUGGCACUUAUCAAACUAGUUUCAAAUUAUCGGAAUUGCAUUUAUAUAAGCCAACUAAAAUGAUAAAUGUAAUUCUCUGGUUUGUGCUAGAGUACAUUAUAAAAAUAAUUGCUAUGUCACAUUAAUAAUGUGUAUUUUUUCAAAUAGUUUGCCUGUUAAGCACUUCAAUAAAUAAAUAAAUAAAUAAGCUAAAAUAGGGUUACAGGAGGGGUAUACAUGCACUUAUACUCACACAAAUGUGCCUAUUUAUUUAUAUAUAUGCAUGCAUAAACAUACAUAUAUAUACACAUACGACCACAUGUGUAUAUAAGUGUGUGUGUAUGCACAUGCAUAUAUAAGCAUGUGUGUCUGUAUAUAUAUAGAGAGAGUUAUAGAUAUGUGGAUAUAUAUAUAUAUAUAUAUAUAUAUAUAUAGUUUUAGGGAAAAGAAUCAAGGUUCAUGAACACUUCGAUGAAAAUCCACUAUCACAUAUAGAAAAAUUAAUAAGUAAAAGCACAAUAAAUAAGUAUAAUAUAAUACAAAAUAUUUCUAUAUGUGACAGUGGAUUUUCAUCGAUGAGUUCAUGAACCUUGGUUCUUUUCCCUAAAAUUAUAUAUAUAUAUAUUUUACACUGUGGAACUUAAUUUAAUUUUAAUUUUUAAUAAAUUGAAUAUAAUUGAGUUUUUACCUGUAAAUUUGGAUUUUUAUCCCUAAUAUUAUAAUAUAUAUAUAUAUAGAAAAUUAGUGUAGAUGGAGUAAAGUACAAGGCUAAAUACAUGAGAGCUGAAGAAGAAUCUGUGCAUUUGUUCAACAUUAUUACUGAAUGAUAACAGCUAACAGUAUACCAGAUGGAUGGACUGCUACCAAGAGCUAUUUCUAAAGAAACAGACCAGAAAAAAUUAAGAGUGAAGCUGUAUAAAAUUCAUGUUGUUAUUUGAAAAUGGAAGAUAUUGGUACCACUCCAAACACUAGCAUACUAUAUUAUAUUUCUAUGCUAUAACACCAUAGAGCAUUAAAGUACACUACGCUAUAACACUCUACAGCAUUGCUCUAUAAAUGAAAUAUAACUCAAUGUUCCUUACAUAAGACUAUUUACAGCCACAACACUGAAAUGUAUUUAGUAAAUAUCGCUGAUGUUGAUAAGCAUACGCAAAAGGUUUUUUGUUUUUACUUCUGCUUUCUUUUUUUUUUAUGUAGUUUUUUGACACAAAUCUUUGUUGGGUAACUCGAGUGUCACAAAAUACAAAUUGCUCAACAUUAAACUGGUUCAAUAUAUUUGAUAAACAUAUAUGCACACUUAACACACACAUUCAUAUUUUUUAAUCACUCACACGACACGUGUGUAUAUAAAAUAUAUACGUGCAUGUGUGUUUGUAUCUCCCCUGAAACUAUGGGGCAAUGUUUUUAUUUAAUAAAUGUCUAUCUUCUGUUA